AUGUAUCCCUUCAGUCCAGAACUCUUAAAAGGUGUAGUGGAGGUUGGCCACUUUCACACAACAUCUAAUAAAUUGCGGUGGAUCCUAGAUGAAUGUAGUUACAAGAAACCGUCUGUAGUUGUCUGGCUUUUUGCAUUGUCAUACGAGAUGUCUAGAGGUGGUUCACACCACAGAAUCCGAGGGUUGUUUGAAAGGGCAGUGGGUAAUGAUAUGCUUUGCAGCUCAGUUGUACUGUGGCGUUGCUACAUUGGGUAUGAAUUGAACAUUGCACAUGAUCCUUCAGCAGCUCGACGUAUUUUCUUUCGAGCUAUCCAUUCCUGCCCCUGGUCGAAACGACUAUGGUUGGAUGGGUUUCUCAAACUAAACUCUAUCCUCACUGGAAAAGAGCUUUCUGAUCUACAGGAAGUAAUGCGGGAUAAAGAACUUAAUCUGAGAACCGACAUUUAUGAGAUCCUUUUACAAGAGUCAUGA